AAGGAUGCACAUAAACACUCUGUAUUUAAGCUCUACUAGUUCCCUUAUUGAUAUUGAACAAGGUAUUAAAGGUCUGAUAAUGGCCGUAAAGGAACUGACUGUACUUGUGGCGUGUUCUUUGAUUGCCUGUGCUACUAGCGAUGAAUUCUUCACUUCAACAGAUAAAAUUUCACAACUUUUUGGGGAGGAGAAAUUCCUUCUGGCGACCUUCAGUUUGUACAUCGAUGCUGAAGAAGAAAUUGUAAAGAGAAUGAAGAGGGAUCUUCUGCUUCUUCAACUGGGCACAUACUUAGACCCUGUGGACCCUGAGGAAAUAAAAGACCCCGUGGCAGCUUUAAAACUCCUUAUACGACUGAGAGCUGAAUGGUUGAGCAUUGAAGAAUACACUCAAAAGAGUCUUUAUAAAGACAACGUGUAUCAGAUACUGCUGGAAUAUGCACAGAUCCCACAGAUAGAGGAUUUGGAGGGCGCAGCUUUAGGACUGAUCAGUCUGCAAGAGCUCUACAAACUCUACCCGCACAACAUCACAAAAGAAACAUCUUUAAAUGCAGAUGAAGCUUAUAUUGUUGGGUUGAUCGCUUUUAGACAGAACAAAUUCCAGCAUGCCUUUCUCUGGUUUCUGUACAGCCUUGACAGAUUAACAGAAUACUCAGCCAUUACUGAGAAAGAGUUGCUCCGUUACCUUAGUGACUCAGCCUAUCAUUUCGGCAGCCUACCUGUGGCAAUGUACUUUGGCCAACGGCUUUUAAACCUGGACCCAACUAACGAUGAAGUCAAAGUUCUGCUGAACCUGUAUAGACUCCUUCGCUUCCAGAGAACGUCAAACCCUGACAUAUUCACACUGAACACACAGUCAAGUAAAUAUGAGACACUGUGCAGAGGAGAGAUUGAUGAGAGGACCUCCAAGAGGCAGAGGGCGCUGUCCUGUAGGUACAGCACAGGUGGAGGAAACCCCAGACUGAUGUACGCACCGGUGAAAGAGGAAGUGGAGUGGGAUGAGCCUCGAAUCAUCAGAUAUCAUGACAUUAUUUCAGACAGAGAGAUAGAGAUCCUGAAGAAUAUCUCCAGACCUCUACUUUCUAGGUCUGAGACUAAAGGGGGAGUAUCAAAGAUCCGUACUUCUCAAAGUGUUUUUCUAAAGGAUGAUAACACUGUGGUUGCUCGUGUCAAUCAGAGGAUUGCAGACAUCACGGGACUCUCCAUGAAAUCAGCUGAAGGCCUGCAUGUUCAGAAUUAUGGGAUUGGUGGCAAAUAUGAACCACAUUAUGAUGAAUGGGAUGAUGAGAAUGGAAGAAUUGCUACCUUCUUAAUUUAUAUGAGUGAUGUGGAGAUAGGGGGCUCCACUGUGUUCCCUAAAGUUGGCGUUUCGUUGAAGCCAAAACAGGGUUCAGCUGUGUUUUGGUACAACCUCCGCAAGAAUGGAAAUGUGGAUUUGAAUACAGAGCAUGCUGGAUGCCCUGUGUUCAGGGGUAACAAAUGGGUGGCAAAUAAAUGGAUCCAUGAGUUUGGUCAGGAGUUCAGAAGACCCUGUUCUUUGUCAUACUCAGAGUGAAAGACACAGAGACCAUGGAGAAAUCAUAUGAAGUGCAUCUGUACUAUAGAAGUAUCUGUUCAUUAUGUAUCACACAAGUUUUGUAUAUCUGUAACAUAGCUGUAUAUUGUAUUAACUUUAACUGUGAUUUACUACUGUCUAUAGGUGCCAGUAAUGUUAAUAAUUAUUAUAAUAUACAAUCAAAAAGUGCAAUAGAGUAAAAUAAAGAUUCAACAAGAUAUCAAUGGAUAAUCACAUUACCUGAGUGGAU